GCUUUUAGCUUUAAUAUAAACUAAUGAGCUGUUAAUUUCUGAUGAAUAUCCGCUACUUUAGCCUCCCAACCUGUCUUUUUUUAACACUGUAACGCUUUUAACAUCUGUUUCGUGUGCCCUUUUUUUAACUUUCGCGGAGCUAAUUCGAGCUCCUUGUGCGGUGUUUACUACAUAGCCGAAGUGUGUUCAUCUCCAGCUUUCCGACAGCACUUGAAGGCAGCAUCAGGAGCUCAUCUGUUGGACAGGGAAACUAAUCAGGAGCCAAGUAAAGACUUUUCAGUGCUGCUAGCUGCGAGGCUAGCAAGCUUUUUAAAGUCAGCCGUCCACACGACUAAGGAACACGGACUUUGUUUAUGAAGUACAGUGUCUCUUCUGCGCGGCACACAACACCCGAGCUAUGUUUUAGAAACACCGUUUUCGUUGCGCUGAAAGUAGCAAAGGCGGACAGCCUGUGGCCAGCUGAAGCUUGCGGGCUAGCUCAUUAACGUUAGCUGGGGGGAAAGAAGUGCAAGUGGAGGCGAGAAAAUGGAGCUGGACGACGUAGUCCUGUAUCAGGACGACUCCGGCAGCUCGACCAUGAUGUCCGAGCGGGUCUCAGGUCUGGCCAGCUCGAUAUAUCGCGAGUUUGAACGGCUCAUUGAGAAGUACGACGAGGACGUGGUGAAGGAGCUGAUGCCGCUGGUCGUCGCCGUGUUGGAGAACUUGGACUCGGUGUUCGCUGUCAACCAGGAGCACGAAGUGGAGCUGGAGCUGCUGAAGGAGGACAACGAGCAACUCGUCACCCAGUACGAGCGAGAGAAGGCGCUGAGGAAACACACGGAGGAGAGGUACAUCGCCCUCGAAGACUCCCAGGACGGCGAGAAGAAGGAGCUACAGUGUCGACUGGUGACGCUGGAGUCCCACACACGUCAGCUAGAGCUAAAAACUAAAAACUACGCAGAUCAGAUAAGCAGAUUCGAAGAGAGAGAAGCAGAGCUCAAGAAGGAGUAUAAUGCCCUCCAUCAGAGACACACAGAGAUGAUCCACAGCUACAUGGAGCACCUGGAGCGAACUAAACACCAGCAUGCACUGGCUGCAGCCGAGCUUUCAGAUACAGGCACAUGCAUAUCAGCCAGAACACGGAAGGAGCGUACCAUCCCCAUGGGCAUAUUCCAACUCCCUGGGACUGAUGGUAUGACCCCCGACCUCCAGAGGGAAUCUGUGGACCCUUCUGAGCCAUGGAGAUUCAACAACCUCAGCCAUCCUCGGUCCAACACAAGCCUCAAGGAUGAGAUGUCCAGUGUGAACCGCGGAGGCCUCAAGCACAGCUCUCCAUCCAACAAGGGAAGUGUCUCCAAAUCCAACACCUCCCUGUCCUCUCAGGGUGGUAGCUCUAAAUCAAACACCCCACCAUCUUCAUACAGCACCAACUCCACCACACCACUAUCUCCUCACGAUGGAGCGUCCGCCAGAAUGAGUCCUGGGUCCACCUCUGUUACAUCACUAUCUACUACUGCUUCUGAUGUGGCCAUGGAGUCCGUGGACACGCCCCUGCAGGAACAGGAAUUUUCAGACGGGCUCAACAAGAACCUGGACAGGAGCAGCAAGAAACCAGAGAGCAGUAAGAACAUCGCAGCGAUGCAAGAAGGACAGCAGAGUCAGCUUGGACGUGACGGUCAGGACUCUAAAUCUGUGCUCCUUAAAGUGGACGAUGGAGCAGACAACCUGGAGAAGUCUGAGGUGCAGGCCAUCAUCGAGUCCACUCCUGAGCUGGACAUGGAUCUCGAUGGCUGCAGAGGAACAAGCACACCAACUAAAGGGGGCGUAGAGAAUCUAGCGUUCGACAGGAACACUGACUCUCUGUUUGCGGAGCUGUCGUCUGCAGGAAACGACCUGAUAGGAGACAUGGACGAAGGAGCCGACCUGCUGGGUAUGGGUCGGGAGGUCGAACAUCUUAUCCAUGAGAACACCCAGCUGCUGGAGACCAAAAAUGCUCUGAACGUGGUGAAAAAUGACCUGAUAGCCCGCAUGGACGAGCUGUCCUGUGAGAAGGAGGGACUGCAAAGUGAGCUGGACUCCGUCACUCAGGCCAAGACCAGACUGGAGGAGAAGAACAAAGAACUGGAGGAAGAACUCAAGAAGAUUCGUGCAGAGCUUGAGGAAACCAAACAGAAGGUCAAGAAUGACAACGAGGAUGAUAGCGAUGUGCCUACAGCACAGAGGAAACGCUUCACCAGGGUGGAGAUGGCCAGAGUCCUGAUGGAGAGGAACCAAUAUAAGGAGAGGCUGAUGGAGCUGCAGGAGGCUGUCAGAUGGACAGAGAUGAUCCGGGCUUCAAAGGAGAACCCAGCUCUUCCAGAAAAGAAGAAAUCCAGCCUCUGGCAGUUGAGUUUCAGCCGUUUGUUCAGCUCGUCGGGCGGGGCGGCCAAGAAGCCGGCGUCUGAGGCACCGGUGAACGUCAAGUACAACGCACCCACCUCUCAAAUUCAGCCGUCCGUCAAGAAGAGGAGCAGCACCCUGCAGCAGCUGCCCAGUGACAAGAGCAAAGCGUUUGAUUUCCUCAAUGAGGAAUCGGCAGCCGAUAACAUGGUGUCCAGGCGGGAGCAGAAGAGGGCUCAGUACCAGCAGGUGAAAGCCCACGUCCAGAAGGAGGACGGCAGAGUGCAGGCUUACGGCUGGAGUCUGCCCAAGAAAUACAAACUUAAUGGUGGUCAGCCAGAGAGUAAAGUGAAGAAUCUACCGGUUCCAGUUUUCCUCAGACCGGUGGAUGAGAAAGAUGCUUCUAUGAAGCUGUGGUGUGCUGCUGGUGUGAACCUCUCUGGAGGGAAAACCAGAGACGGAGGCUCCAUCGUUGGAGCCAGCGUGUUUUACAGUGAUGUGUCUGGACCAGAGAGCCCGAAGAAGAAAAUAGGAUCCCAGAGCAGCCUGGAAAAACUGGAUCAAGAACUGAAGGAGCAGCAGAAAGAGUUGCGGCAUCAGGAAGAGUUGUCGUCGCUGGUUUGGAUCUGCACCAGCACCCAGUCCACCACUAAAGCUGUCGUCAUUGACGCCAACCAGCCUGGAAACAUCCUGGAGAGCUUCUUCGUGUGCAACUCCCACGUCCUCUGCAUCGCCAGUGUACCAGGUGCAAGAGAGACAGACUACCCUGCUGGAGAGGAAGUAGCUCCAAACUCUGAGGCAGAACCAGUUGGAGAUGGUGGCUCACAAUCAACCAACAGCAGCUCAGCAGGAGGCGACGGCAUGCUGGGAGGCAUCACUGUCGUCGGCUGCGAAGCUGAGGGAGCAGCAGCUGUUCCUCAGACAGCAGACUCCAGACCAGCAGAGGAAGCCACUGAGGCGACAGAAGCCAGCGCAGGGUCUGCCGACCAAAGAGAGAGCCUGAGGGGAGCUUACACCGAACACGUCUUCACUGAUCCGCUGGGAGCUCAGCAGACUGCCGAGGCACUGGCCAACUACUCUCAGAGGGAGAGCGACCUGCUGAAAGACGGCGUGAGUUCAAACCCGAGCGCAGAGGAGGAGCAGGACCUGAUGAGAGAGGAGGCUCAGAAAAUGAGCAGCGUUCUGCCCACCAUGUGGCUGGGAGCACAGAACGGAUGUGUGUACGUUCACUCCUCUGUGGCUCAGUGGAAGAAGUGUCUCCAUUCUAUAAAGCUGAAGGACUCGGUACUCGGCAUUGUGCAUGUGAAAGGACGAGUACUGGUCGGUCUCUCCGAUGGCACUUUAGCUAUUUUCCACAGAGGUGUAGACGGACAGUGGGACCUGACCAACUACCAUCUGUUAGACCUGGGGAGACAACACCACUCCAUCCGCUGCAUGACUGUCGUGCACGACAAGGUGUGGUGUGGCUACAGGAACAAGAUCUACGUGGUGCAGCCCAAAGCCAUGAAGAUAGAGAAGUCAUUUGACGCCCAUCCUCGUAAAGACAGCCAGGUACGUCAGCUGGCAUGGGACGGCGACGGUAUCUGGGUGUCCAUCAGGCUGGACUCCACCCUCAGGCUGUUCCACGCUCACACCUUCCAGCACCUUCAGGACGUCGACAUCGAGCCUUACGUCAGCAAGAUGCUGGGGACGGGGAAACUGGGCUUCUCAUUCGUGAGGAUCACGGCUCUCAUGGUGUCGUGUAAUCGUCUGUGGAUUGGCACAGGAAAUGGAGUCAUCAUCUCCAUCCCUCUGACAGAGUCAGCCAACAAGGUAACCAUGGCAGCAGGUAACCAACCAGGAAGCGCGGUUCGCGUCUACGGUGAUGACAGCGGUGACAAAGUGACAACGGGGACAUUCGUCCCAUACUGCUCCAUGGCUCACGCUCAGCUCUGUUUCCAUGGACACAGAGACGCUGUCAAGUUCUUCACAGCUGUUCCAGGUCACGCAGUUCCAUCUGCGUCGUGCGGAGGAGAGGCAGCAGGUGACAAGGCGACAGAUGCCUCAACUCAGGAAGGAACCAAGUCUGUGCUGGUGAUGAGCGGAGGCGAGGGCUACAUCGACUUUAGGAUGGGUGAUGAGGACAGCGAGGCGCAGGAGGGCGAGGACGCCCCCAUGAAUCUGCAGCCCUUCCUGGCUAAAGCCGAGCGCAGCCACCUCAUCGUCUGGCAGGUCCUGGCCAGCGAGGACUGAACUCUGACCUUCCGAGGUCUGAUUUUGCCUUUUUUCUCUCAGACUGACUGCCGUGGAGGAGUUCAGGUGGACGACUCUCCUCUGCAGUUCAAUCAGCACCUUUUUCUUUUUUUUCUUUUUCUUUCUUGAACCUGAACAAUACGAGUGAAACAAGCAAAGACUGACUGAGAGCUUCUCAGUGCUAAACAGGACUGCAGACAGAUUCACACAAAGCGCACGUUCUUUUACUCUACAUCUGAUUUCUUCUUUUUUUAUUUCCUUUUUUUAAAUUUCAGAUCUGUCAUGGCGCCUCGUUCUCUUUAAUAUUUGAGGUCAAGCCGUUAUUGGACACAGAACAAGACUUUUGUUUGUUAGAUUUGCUCUGAAAAUACAAUGAAUUCCUCCUGACAUUUCCAGGUUCCUUUCACUCAGUUCACUUGUUGUGUGUUCAUGCUGGACUCAUAUACAUAAUCACCCCUUUGCCCUUCAAUAAUGUAACACUCGGGGCAAUCAUGUGGGAACCAAUCACGAAUCUUGAUCAAUCCCACUUUGAUGUUUUUCAUCCUCGGAGAACUCGGCUUUUGAUUGUAUGCAAGACAAAUUGAAUUAAUCGCCAGGUGUCUCUAGAUCAAAUGCAAUACUUCGGAUUCAUCUGGUUGGCAUCUGUCUGAGCAGAGGUGGCCACGCGUUUAUCUUAAUGUUCAGCGUAUAGUAGUGGUAGCCCCAGUCUAUCACGCUCCUUACAUUCAAGUCACAGAGGGAUGCGAUCUGAUUUUCUGAAAACGUAAGACGUAGAAAUGUUCUGACAAACCCAGAGGGUUGUUUAAAUAACAUUUACUGCUGUUCUGAAUGAAUUCCCAGAAUCCUCAAAGACUCUUUUAACCAGCUUAAUGAAAAAUACUCUGUCCGCUGCAUGAUAAAACAAGAUUUUAAACCUGUUUCUGAUUCUGGAAAUACCUUCAGUGUUGUUGAAUCAACCUCCUGGGUUUAUAGCCACGCUAGCAGCAGUGAGCAUCACGUUAGUCCAGGUUGAAAUUUCUCAACAAAUAUUGGAUGAAAUUUGGCACAAACAACCAUCAUCAGGUCUAAAUUAACUAACGACAUUCCCAUCAGCCUCUGUUGUAUUUUGCUCUAAUUAGCAAAUGCUAAGCAUGCUAACACCAGCUAGCAGCUUGCCCAGGGUGUAGCUACCCCGCCUCUCACCCAAAGUCAGCUGGGAUAGGCUCCAGCCCCACUGUGACCCUGAUGAGGAUAAGCGGUUACAGAUAAUGGAUGGAUGAAUAACAUGCUAACACAGUAAACUAUAAAGGUAAAUGUGCUAAACAUUAGCACAUUAGUGUGCUAAAUAUAGCAUUUAGCUAAUUACAGCCUCACAGAGCUGAUCUAGACUUUGUCGGGGAAUCAGAUACUUCCUCUGUGACUUGAAUGCAAUGACAACACAUCAGACUGGAGCCGAGCUAACGCACUGACAAAACUCCAUUCACAAAAACCUGCAAUUAUGAAAUGAAAAGCGGCAGCAGCUGCUGCUACAUCCACCGCUGCGUACUGCAAAUGCUCCCUUCCUCUGAGUUCGUUUUGGUUGCAGUGAUGAAAAAUAUAAUCCUACAUUACCCGACGAUGCUGCAGAGUCCUCUGCUCUCAGUCUGCUCACCAGCUCCAGUUUGUAGACACUUUAAAAACACGCAUUAUGUAUCAAGGGUUGAAAAGACUUAACUCACAGGCUUUUUCCGAGCGUGACAGAGUAUUUAUUUUUCUUGAAAGAAUGUUAACGUUUGCUACCAAAGGUUUCCCAGACUGAUAGUUUGCCACAUGCUGAACCAAUACUAGUGUCUCGUCUUAACACAGCACCUCUUGAGCAGCAUGUUUGAAUCUGUAGAUAACAUGCAAGUUUUGUAACCGAAAUCCUGGUGUGUAGAUAUAUAUAUUUUUAGACUUUCAUAUUAGGAAAUUGAAUUGAACUAUUUUCAGGGUGUGAGAGAGGAGUGUGUGCUGGACGUGUUACUAUGAGAGGAUAAAACAAGUAGCCACACCGGUCAUUAUAUAACCCCACCACCACCCUUUAAUCCUUAUCUUGACAUUUAGAGGUCAGAAUCACGUUGACAUUUUUGGUUUGCAGCACUGCUCUGCCCCCGUUUGUACAAAAUGUUUAUUUGAGGUUUUCACCGAUGUCCCCUCCUGAUCUUAUUUCAAAAAAAAUAUUUUAAGUCUAUUUUUAUUAACUUUUUUUCUUUUCUUUCAGACUGUAUCCUCUGAGUACAGUGCACUAGAUGUUCAUUUGGGUGUGUAGACUGUACGUCUGGCCUAUGUUCUUUUGUUUUGUCCUCUUUGUAUUGAACAGUAUCAGAGGAAGCCUGUCCUCAUCAUGAGUGUGUGUGUGUCUGUGUGUGUGAGAGCGAGUAUGUGAGUGUCUUCUCUCCAGGAGAGGAGACAGACGUUAUUGCAGUUUAGCCAUUGCAGUAUUUAUUUACAAUGAUUGAGCCUUUGCAAUUCAGAAUGUAUCUUUGUACAUUGAAUAUGAGUAUAUAUAUAUAUAUAUGAUUAUAUAUGUAUGAAACCUGAAAUCGGCUUGGGUUUAUUGUUUUGACAACAGAUGAAUUGAUAUGAUUUGUUUUGUGGGGGAUAACCUUACUCAGCUAUGCACUAUGUCUCUGAGGGGAGAGGAGAGAGGGGGCGCUUUUCUUUUCUUUUUUUAUUUUCAGUUUGAGUUAGAGACCUGCAGUGUGUCCACACAUCCUGACAAAAUCAGGAAAAAAAGUCAAAAUGAAGUCAUCUUCAUCCCACCUCAGCAUGAGAGUGUCGCCCUCCUCCACAGGUCUUCAACACCUCUCAUCUGCAUACAUGUGUCAUUAACUUGGCAGGGACUUUCUCUCUUCCCGGUUGGCAGCACACACACACACCAUCCUGUACUCCCACAGCGUCUCUAGCCUUACUUCUUUUUAACAGUCAAUUAAAGCAACUUUUGUGGGCAA